AUUCGCCGAACUCAUCAUUACGCAUGAGCCCUUCACUGUACUUAAAAUUAAAUCUUCAUUCCUCAGCUGUCGUCGCAUACAAUCUGUUCGAUGAAAUUCUUUACAGAAAUCCAUUACGUCGUCCUCAAUCAAUUUCCAAAAAUCCAUUCCGUACUCACGCAAACCAUCUCGUUUUCUUCAUCACCGCAUUCCGACAUAGUCUCCGCCGCCGCCUCGAUUUUAAAGCACCACCGCUCGAAGUCCCGGUGGUCCCACCUCCGCUCACUCCUCGCCACCACCAAAGACAACCGCCUCACCUCAUCUCAAUUCUCUCAAGUCUCCCUUCAAUUGCGCAACAAUCCGCACCUGGUCCUCCGCUUCUUCUACUUCACCGUCCACCACUCUCUCACCUCUCAUUCCCCCUCCUCCUACGCCACCGCCAUUCACAUUCUCUCUCGAUCUAGGCUCAAGCUCCACGCACUCAGGCUAAUUAAGUCAGCCAUGGUUGCGUUCUCCGAUGCUCAGCCGGGAAGCGCUGUUGUGAUUCUAGAUGCACUGGUGAAAACUUACAGAGCUUGUGAUUCUGCACCGUUUGUGUUUGAUUUGUUAGUAAAAGCUUGUUUGGAGUCGAAAAAGAUCGAUUCCGCGCUUGAAAUUUAUUCAGUUUUGAAGUCUAAGAGAGUGCUGUUGAAAACUAGCACUUUGAAUUGUUUAAUUGAAUUGGUGUCGAAGACCAGAAGUUGUUUUGCCGGAUAUGAUUUGUAUAAAGAAAUCUUUCAUCAAAAUGUUGAUAAUGGCGAUAAAAUUAGGUCAAAUCUUCCAAACCCGAACACAUUGAAUGUGGUUAUAGUUGGUUUCUACAGGGAGGGGAUGUUGGAUAAGGUGGAGGAGGUGUGGGAAGAGUAUGCGAGAGUUGGGUGUUUGCCAAAUGUGUAUAGCUUUAAUGUGCUGAUGGCUACAUACUGUGAUCACGAACGAAUGGAGGAUGCGAUGAGAGUAUGGGAGGAAAUGGAGGAUAAAGGUUUGACGCGCGACGCAGUAGCAUAUAACACCAUUAUUGGAGGGCUUUGCAGAGCUGGAGAGGUUGAGAAAGCAGAGGAGAUAUAUAGAGAAAUGGUGAUGAAAGGUGUGGAUAGUAGUUGUAUUACUUUUGAGCAUCUCAUAAAAGGGUAUUGUGAAAUCGGGGAUGUUGAUUCCGCGAUGAUGUUGUAUAAGGAUAUGUGUAGGAAAAAAAUUAGCCCAAGUAGUUCUACUGUUAAUACUAUCAUUAGGUUGCUCUGUGAUAAGAAUGAAAUUUCUGCAGCAUCUGGCUUUUGGUGGAUGGCUUCAAAGAAGCACGAUGCUGCUUUGGAAAGGGAGAAUUAUGAGAACUUGGUAAAAGGUUUGUGUGGGGAGGGAAAGAUGGAAGAGGCUCUGAAGAUUCAGGCAGAGAUGGUCGUGAAGGGGUUUCAACCAAAUGCAGAUAUGUAUGGUGUAUUUAUUGAUGGUUUUGAUAAACUAGGAAAUGAAGCCAUGGUGAGUAAACUGAGGAAAGAAAUGCUUGAUAAUGAAACAUUGUCCGAGUAGAAGUUGGUCGUAAUAUCAAAGAAUGGAGCACCUUGACCCCAGUGGUUCUCUGUGAUGCGCUAUUCUGUGUUUAAGCGGUAUAAAGUUUCUUGAGACCUAUCUGGAUAUUCUGGUAAGAAGUGAAGAUAUGAGGAGUCUUUUGAUAAGACCAUAAGAUCAGGUCAUAGAGAUGCUUAUUGCCUGUGCCUCCUAUAUAUAUGGAAUUCAAAGAUUCUCAAUCAGCGUCCAACCAUGGAAGUAGCCAAAUAUUGAAAAGAGAUGAUACCAGCAAAAGGAACCAUGACAAGAAAGCCAUAGCUGCCGAUAUCUGAUAUCUACUACAGAGUCUCGGGGGACAAAAGGACACAUCAGCUUUUAGCAGAAGAUCAACAAGACUUGCAGUCGAGCUCGCUGCUGCUAGUGUAUAGACAUUACGGUGCAACCAUUCGACAGUGUUGAGAAAGAAAUUACCAAAAGGCCGUGUAGCUGUAGAAUCCAACUCCUAAAGACAUGAAGACUAUAGACGAUGAAGAGAAUAUGACCUGGCCAAAUCUCAAAGCAAUGCUAGCAGCUGUUCCUAAAGAACCCGCUCCUCAUGGUUUCUCCACCAACAAAUCUUCACCAAAACAAUCAUUGCAAGUGUUGAAGGUGAGAUCAACUUGACUGGUGAUUGCUAGAAUUUUCAGGAAUCAGCUUUUCAACAUUUUUCGUGAUUUCUUAGUAAGUUUCCAAGGAAUUUGAGUGUUACUUGGACAAUGAAAGUUGGUGGGAGAAAAUAAUGGAAUAACCUUUUGUAUUGCCUCUA